AUGUUCCUCCAGCGCACGGCCUUCGCCCUCGCGCGGCGCACUCCUGCCCGCGCCAUCGCCGCUCGCCCGUUUUCCUCCUCCGUCGUCCGCUGCAACAAGGCGAAGUACGGCGUCGAGAAGGAGGGCAAGAUCCUUCCUUUCCAAGAGAUCAAGACUGAGGAGGACCUCGUGCCCCCUGGUGCCAAGUCUGGUACCGUCCCUACCGAUAUCGAGCAGGCUACCGGUCUCGAGCGUCUGGAACUCGUCGGAAAGAUGCAGGGUAUCGACAUCUUCGACAUGAGACCUCUUGAUGCCUCCCGCAAGGGAACUCUUGACAACCCCAUCAUCGUCAACGGCGCUGGCGAUGAGCAGUACGCUGGUUGCACCGGUUACCCCGCCGAUUCCCACCAGGUCGUCUGGCUCACCGUCUCUCGUGACCGCCCUCUCGAGCGCUGCGGUGAGUGCGGCAACGUCGUCAAGCUCAACUACAUCGGCCCCGAGGAGGAUCCCCAUGCCCACGACCACGGCCACGGUCACCACCCCGCCCCCGAGGAGCCCAAGACCUUUGCCGACUACGUCAAGCCUGAGUACUGGUACCGGUAA